GAGUGGCAGUAUUUUCACUUCGAGUGCAAAUAUUGCUACUUUUCACUAGUUCUGAGUGAGAUUCUAUUCCAAGAAAUUUAGAAAGCACUCCCACGACACGCGAGAUUUGUUAUGAAAAGCUUCAUAAAAAGAAAAUGUUUUUAAAUGCGCCACAUAAUAUAUUACGUAAUAUGCUUGAUGCUCGCAAAUUAAUUGCGCUUUUAAGCUGAUUUUCCGGAUGUCACAGGAGAUUACCGUCUUUUACACGACUUCCUGCCUGCCACUUAUACGAAAUAAGCCGCUCAACUUAGCAGUGACAUAGUCGGAGCGUGCGCGUCGCUUUCUCAAGUACGAUAACGCUUAACUCGUCUGAAUGCCGUCAAAUCGCAAUCGAUACUUUUGCGUCAAUGAGUCGCUCAUUACCACGCGACAGGGAAUUACUUCGCGCGGAGAACGGACGUCGUCUUCUCGCGACGCGAUACUUCUAAGCUACCUCCUCGGUGCGGAAUAACGAUGCGGAAAUUGCAAAUAUUACUGGCUAAAGCGUGAGAGGGAAUGAGGCGAAAACGCAGAACGGUCGGCACACUGUUGUUCAGCGAUGUCGGCCGUCACUAUGGGAAACACGAUCUCAACCGAGUCGGUUUCUUCGACGACGCACCGUCGGGCCCGUUUGAUGAGUAUCGAGGGCCCGAGGUGAAAUUUCGUGAGAGCGCCGUCAAAGGACGUCAAAUCCUCGCUGGACCUUCCAGGCUUCUCUUCGAGCAGAAAUUCGAGCGAAUCUUCGAAGGCGAGGCACUCAGCGAGGUGUGGCGCGAUGAAGCGAAGCGACGGUUACGAGACGAGGAAAGGAAGAUCCGUGUUAUGCUACCGACAUCGCCAUCGAAGAAGCACUCGACUCCCGGAGAUUGGUACGGAUGUUUCGAUAAGCCUUCUUACCUCAGUCCGCUGAAGAUGGAAAUGAAAAAAAAGCUGCCGGAUCUACCUAAUAUGAAGAUCAAGCCGAAUCCGCUCGGCGGGCCGGGAUACGCGAAUAUUUGCCUCAGUCCUUAUCCGACGUAUUUCCACGAGCCUUACGAUCACGUUGCGGAAGGAAUACUUCGUAAAAAGGCGAAGCCCGUAGGCCGAUUUUUGACGUGCAGCGCGCCAUUGGAUUAUUUCCCCCCGGAUCCGUACAAGGACGAAAGUCCAGGACCCACUUACGUGCGCCCGUACGGGAUUGCGAGGAAGGCAUCCGAGAAGAUGCGCUUCUACAUCCCCUUUCCCAAGAAGUCGGGUGGAAGUCACGCCGGUUGCUUUAGCAAGUUUCCGGAAUACAUGAGCGAGCCCUACACUCGAGAAAAAGAUAAGAUCACCGAGGCUAAGUUUAUAAGCGGCGGAUCGCCCACGCGGUCGAAAUACACGAGCAGUAUCAUCGAGCAGAUAACAAGAGUAUCGUGCAAUGCGCACAAUUACGUGGAAUAUCGAGAACGAGCGUAUCCGCCGCAACGCGGGGAAAAGGAGGAGGAUUGUUCAUUUGCACGGGAAAUCUCUCAAAUUUAAAAACUCGCCUAUGUUGUGUGUUUUUUCUUCUCUUUUUCUCUCUCUCCACCACCGCGCGGCGGGCGAGGCAACUAGAUUCGAAUACGCGAUAUUUGCGAGCGAGCGAGCGAGCGGCGAGUUAUAAAACUCGAAUAAAGUAAGAAUGAAGAAACGAUCGCGCAGAUGGACUCAAG